GUAACUAUCAACUACCAAGGAUAAAGCUAAAGCUCAUUUAAAAGUUGUUUGGAAAAUCUAAAGAUCAUUUAGAAUGUUGACGACAGUAUUACAUUUAAACAGUCCAAACUGUUAUUUUGUAGCUCACAUAAUUAAACCAUAUUUUACUGUAAUAAUGCUAAAACUGCAGUAGUUCUGGAGCUCGAUUACAGUAAUUGUAUGCACCCUGAUGUUUGCGACUAAGUCAUCAAUUACAGUAAAUAAAUCAUUUAGAACAAGGUGCUGAACUGUUCUCUCACAUCUCUAAAACUUUAAUGUGACAUACACCAGUACAUAUAACUAACCUUUAGGAACAAACAUAUCUAUUUACCAGGGGCGGGCCAGAAGGGUGUCACAGGGUGGCAGCUGCCACCCUAAAAAUAAGUUUUGCCACCCCAACUCGGACCCCGCUCGCAUACUGGAGACAGUGAGCAACGACUUAACCCGUUUGAGUCGCACAUGGUUCCUCUCAACGUGGUUCCGGUUGCACCCCUUUUUCUAUUUUCUAACAUUCAAUGACACAAGUGUCAUACCUGUGUAUUUUGCACAUAUAUAUAUAUAUAUAUAUUUUCACUCACACAACAUGUGUAUGCAUUAACACACACAUAAGCCAAGUUAAUCAAAUGAUGACAAUUAAUAAAAACAAAACACAGCGUUUGUUUUUUAGGUUAUUCAGGUUACGCUCUAAAGCAGUAAACAUUCUUUUAAUUCUGAGACUCAGUAUCAACAAGAUAUUUCCUCUAAUUGUAUAUAACACAGGUUUUGUAAUAACAUUGUGAAUGUGUGAACAUAGGGACAGGAGUAGAAAUGAAAAUGGAAAUGGGCAGGAAAGGAUGGAUGGACUGAGGGAGGAGGAGUGUAAGGUAUGAUGGGAGGAGGACCAAGGAGGUAUAUAAGAUGCUGCCUAUCGCCUGCUCUCCUUACCAGCAUUCAUCCCUCCUCGAGGAACAGAAGAGCAGCAAUUACCCAAUAGCAAGAAUGUCCGCUCUCAACUCAGAGAAUGCCUCCACUUUGGAGAACGCAAUGCAGCUCAUGAUCCAGACAUUCCACAAGUAUUCUGGGAAUGAAGGAGACAAAUACACUCUGAGUAAGGCGGAACUCAAAGAGAUGCUCACGCAGGAACUAGGCAGCUACCUUGGGAAUGCACAGGAUAGGGAUGCAGUAGAUAAAGUUAUGGGAGACCUGGAUUCGAACAAUGAUGGUGAGGUGGACUUCACAGAGUUCAUCAUCCUGGUGGGUGCCCUCACUGUCGCCUGCAAUGACUUCUUCCUUGAGUAUCAUCAAAAUGAUGAAAAGAAGGGUGAAAAGAAAGAGUAGAGCUGCAUUUCUUUGAACAAAAGCCAACACAUGACCAGUGAAUGCUGCUGGGGGAAAUUAGGGGAGAUUAGGGGAGAAGGGGAAUAUGUGUGUAUAUUAACCCUGCUUACUAAUGUUCGCCUGCUGAAAACAGUUCAUUUCUAUAUCCAGAGUGUGUCUUUGGGUUCACAAAAUGUGCAACAACAUGUUUUCAACCCCUGCAUUAGAAAUGAAAGUAUAUGGAAUGAGAUUUAAUUCAAUGAUGGUCUUUGCUGAAUUUGUGAAUAAUGUUUCUUUUCUUUCUUUUGUGUGUUUUUUCUUUCUUUCUUUUUUACAAUUUGGAGUUUGUUCUUUUGAAAACAAUCUCUCCUUAUUACAAUAAA